AUGAAGGAAACGGUUAAUAUUGUCGAUGAGAAUAUAAAGAAUGAUGAAGAUGUGGCGUUUGAGUACGAAAUUCAAAAGACACCACAGAAUACACUCACAUGGAAACGAUACCUUGCGUAUUGGAAAAAAGAGGGAAGAACUGACGAACAAAUCAGAUGGCUAUAUGAGAGGUUUUGUUCCCAAUUUUUAACAGAUGCAAGCGUAUGGGAAGAGUAUAUACGGUGGGAAUCGACAAAGAAAGUAAUCAAGACUUCACGCAUUUUCUCACUUUUUCAAAGAUGUCUGAAUACUUGUGCGCAAGGCUGUGAUAGUAUAUGUCUGUCCUAUUUGGAGUUAGCUAUUGAACAGCAUGACUUGUCGACGAUUAGGCACUCUUUAGAUUCAUCUUUGAUAAGAUUGGAUACGAAAAUGCAUUCAAAAGUCUGGGAACCUGUCUUACGGUUUUUAGCGGAGAAAAUAUUACCUCUAACACAAUGGGACUCAACUCAAGAAGAUGAUGAGGAAAGUGCUGACGAAGCCGAACUAAUGGAUAUACUUUUAGCAAAGGGUCUCGUGAAGAUAGGCUUUAUUAGUAAGCGACCAAUUGAAAGCGGAAGCAUCGGUGAUAUUUGGUCGUCACAACUGUUAGAGAGAUAUCUAAAGGUGGCUCCGCAGCAAAGGCAGCAUGAGCUCCUGGCGAUCCUUGCGAAAACUAGAGAUAGUAUCACCACCAAAUCGGUGUACGAAAAAAAAAAAUACUUAACAAAAGACGAAAUCAGUGGAAAGUAUCUGCCCAACUCGAAACUAACAUUUGCAUUAAAUUUCAACUAUUUGAUCACCUUGGAAAAAUUAGGAGAAGAUGAGCAAUAUGAAGAAUUCAUGAGCCAAAUGAGUGAGAUAUACCCCGACAACUGGGUCUUUUUAACGUUGUCACUUUCCAAAUACUAUAUUUCUCGCGGCAGGCUUAAUAGUUGCGGUGAUUUAUUGAGGAAAAGUUUACAACAAACACUUAAUUAUAAUGAUUUUGAUCGUAUUUACAAUUUUUACCUGCUUUUCGAACAACAGUGCUCUCAGUUUAUUUUAGGAGAGCUAAAAAACAAUAACAGCAAAAUUUCCAAUGAAAAAAAAUGGGUUGAAGAGUUGCAACGCCAUAUGGUGACAUUUGAAUCUUUAGUUGACUCACAUGACAUCUAUUUGAAUGAUCUAGCACUAAGGCAAGACCCAAACUUAGUGGAAACGUGGUUGAGAAGAGUGUCGUUGCAGGAAACAGCUGCAGAAAAGUGUAAUAUAUAUUCAGAGGCUAUAUUGACGAUUGACCCCCUCAAAGUAGGUACGCCUGGCUCUUUUGGUAGGCUAUGGCGUUUAUAUGGCGAUUUGUACUGGAAUGCAAAGGCCACCAGCACCGCAAGGGAAUUAUGGGCACAGUCUUUGAAGGUACCGUAUCCUUACAUACAAGACUUGGAAGAGAUUUACUUAAACUGGUCCGACAAAGAAUUAGACGAAGAAGGAGUUGAAAGGGCAGUUUCUAUACUUGAGGAUGCAUUAAAAGUUCCAAGGAAUCCAGAGCAUAUGCUUGAAAAAUUUAACAACGGACACAGAAGGAUUCCCGCUCAAACUGUCGUAUUCAACUCACUGCGCAUUUGGUCCAAAUACAUCGAUAUCUUAGAAGCCUAUUGUCCAAUGGAUGCGAGCUCUUCUGACAAAAUUCUCAAUAAAACGAAGGCAGCGUAUAAUAAUGUUAUUGAUCUGAAAUUGGUUACUCCAGCAAUGGUGGAAAAUUUUGCGCUUUUCUUACAGAGGCAUCAUGAGGUUAUAGAAAGUUUUCAAGUGUAUGAAAAAGCGAUCCCCAUGUUCCCUCCUGAAAUUCAAUAUGAAUUCUGGACUGAGUACUUAGAAGUAGCGACAUCCCACCAAUUGUCGCCAAUAAGUCCCGAACACAUCAGAUUCUUGUUCGAGGAAGCACUGAAUAAUUUAAGUCCGCAUGGCGUAGACUGUAAGACAAUUAUUAUUGCAUAUAGUACCUUUGAAGAAAAUCAAAGUGGCCUGGCUAAGAAAACAAUUGAGAUCUUACACAGAGGUGCUAAAUUAAAUGCUGACAGCACGAAUAUGCAUCUCGAAAGUAGAUUGCAAAUGUGGAGAAUGUGUAUAUCUAAGGCCGAAUCUACCCUGGGUCCAUCAGUAGUCAGGGACUUAUACCAAGAAUGCGUACAAUGGCUGCCGAACUCCAAAGCUGUUGAGUUCGUGAUCAAAUUUUCAGAUUUUGAAGGCUCUUUGGGAGAGACUAUUCGAGCUAGGGAAGUUUUAGGUUAUGGUGCAAAGCUCCUUCCCCCAUCAAGAAAUACGGAAUUAUGGGACCAUUUUGAGAAUUUCGAGUUGAAAUACGGUGACAAGGAAACCUAUAAGGAGAUGCUAAAGAUGAAGAAGUUAUUGGAGCUUGAAAUGGUAAUUGAUUCCGAAGUUGUUGGUCAAGAGGAAGGUAACAUUAAUUUUGUGGCAGCUGCAACCACACGUGGACCAAACUCGCGUGGCUUCGUCCAACCAACCGCUUCCCAGUCUGCUAAUCCAGAUGAAAUAGAAUUAGAUUUAUGA